GCUGAUGUAGGUGUGACACCAAGAUGGAUGAUGCAGACAAGAUCGUGAAUAAAAUCUUCUCAUGGAUGGAUCUACAAAAGGACAGUAUAGACAAGUUGAACGAGCUAGCCAGUGAGUUGGAGGAACAGCAGAAGACUAUUAAUGUCACUAAAGUUGUCGGGAGCUCAGUGUCUGUGGGUGGUGCAGCUGCCAUGACAGUAGCAGGUGUAGUAAGUGUUUUAACAGGAGGACUGUCGAUACCUUUGUUAGCUGGAACAGGAGCAGUGGCAUCAGGUCUCGGUUUGGCUACUAGUGUGGGUUCUGAUAUUGUUGGUGCGGUCUUAUCAAGUGGGACUAUGGAAGAGGCCAAAAAUAUUUCAAAAGGCCUUGAUGAUCUUACAGCAGAAAUCACAGCACUCAUGGAGUCCCUCUUAACAAAAACAACAGGCAAGCAACGGGGUAAAAAUGUUUCUCCAGAAGAAUAUGUGAAGGAGGCGACCCUGAGAGCAAUGGCUAAACACAAGGGUUUGAUAUUAAAGGAGAAGGACAGUUUAAUCAAGCUGUUAUCUCAGCUGCCUCUUGAGAAGAUCUUUAAGAAUGACGCAGAAUCAGACCUCCUCAAAAAGUCAACAACGGAGGUGCCACUGCUUUCAGACUUUGUUACAAGGUUGGUCUCAGAAAAACUCAUGAACUAUAGGGUCAGCAAAGCCAAUUCCCUGGGUUUAAAGGCUUCGACUACAGCAGUUGGAAAAAUUGGCAGAGGGGCAGUAGGACUUCUGUUUUCGGUUCCUGAGCUCAUCGAAAACUGUAAAAAUCUGAACAACCAUGAGACAGAAGCCAGUCGGUACCUGAGAGAAAAGGCUGGAGCCAUACAAGAAGCUUAUGAAGCCAUGAAAUCAGAGCUGGAUGAAAUUGAGGCAACGUGUGCGAGGUUAGCUGACACGAAGUGGAAGAAGUACAGAAAGAGAAGCUGUUUGUGUUCAUGUGCUUCUUCAUCACCAUGAUAUAACCAAG